AUGGAUUCACUUUUAUUAUUAUGCUAUAAUAUCAUUAUAUCAGUGGCAUAAAAAACAUCAACAAUACUAUCGUUUGUUGUGAUAGUUUUUGGGAAAAUAUAUUGUCCUAAAAAAAUUAGCUCAUGUGACAGGCCUAAACGCAUAAUAUAUUGAGAGAGAGAGAGAGAGACAGAGCAAUUGAUAAUACAAAGAUAUUGUACAAACAGUAUAAAAAGUAACAAAUAGAGUAAUACUAGAGGAACAAAUAAAAAUCUGCAAUAUAGUGGGACCGUGAAGCAAGAACUGUGAUAUAGCGUAGGAUUACUGUAUCUGUAUUCCGUGAUAAAUUGCAGGGUCUCAUUGCUCCCGGGUUGGUACUCAUUUCUAUUCCAUGUGCAUCCCGGGACUCCCAUAGUCUCGAGUGUAAAAUGAUCUAUGAAUAAUGUUAUUUAUGAGUUCAUAGUAACAGGCCUGACCUAAAAGAAUUGUUUGUUGAUUGUAUUCAGUGUAAUACUAUAGAAUAAUUAAUUUGUGUUUAGUGAAUAAUGCUCAGGAUAACAAACUUCCCCCAAAAAUUGCUUGCUAAAUUUUCCCAAAUCAUUCAGCCCUACACGAAGGAGCACUGAGUAAAGAGACAGGCUGAUGGAGUUGGCUCAUUGUCGCCAACUAGCUAUUUUAUCAUACAUUCAAAUCAAUCGCCGUUUCGAACUAAAAAUAGGACAUUUACGUGAAUCGUACAGAUCCGAUUAGUUUGAGGGUCGCCGUUGCUGUCGUCAUCAUAGGCCUUUUCGUACUCCUUGAAUGUUGGCAGCUAGAUCCAUUCCACACAGAGAUAUAAUUUCGGAAUAUUACUACGUGGCGGACUAAUAUCCGAAAGCACAUCGGCCUGAGGUUCCGCCUGUGCGUUCGGGACCUGCUUUGGAGUCACAGUAGUUGACGACACCAGAAAAAACACUUCCGCCGCUUCAGCUGUUAAGAAGUAAAUGUACUUUUACCCCAUUUUGAUGAUCUAAAUGUCGCCCGCUACUUUUAUUGAUCAAUUAUUGCUUUUCAACUAUUUCGUGCGCGAGAUUUCAACUUCCGCGUGAGGCGACGUUUAAGUCUAAUUCACCAAACGACACAAGAAAGUCACAUGACCUCACACAACGUCUUCUAUUGGGCUUCUGCUGGCACAGGUAUUAACACUCGAUAAGCCAGCCCGGCUGAUUGUCGCGCCUACGUGACGACCAUUUUGGGAAGGUCGUCGUUACUAUGAAGGCAACGCCGUGCUACUCGUUUUUACAUUUAGACGAACAAAAGCAACAGCUUUCAUGUAUUGUAGUAUUUGUCUGGCACUAUCUUCCCAAACGUGGAUAUUUCAGCCAAUUUAUAACUUGAGAAAACAACUUGCAUUUUUUGUACAUUUUUUUUAUUUUGAUGUUAAGCUGUGGUUAAAAAAAAGUCAGAAUAGUUACCCAGUACUUGUAAUUAUUUCACUGUGUACCUUUUACUCACACAAGUAUUGGAGGACUACUUGAGUCACAUUAUCCUCAAGUAACUACUCUUACUUGAGUACAAUAUUUGGCUACUCUACCCACCUUUGGAGCAGACAUCCUCUAUUGCUCAGAUCAGCCAGUGUCGUAUUUGUUGCACUGGUCUUUUGUAUUUUCGUGUUGUGGUUUCAGCAGAACCGCGAAGCACACGUAACAUCGGUGACAAAAGCUGAUCCGCUGGUACAUCUUGUAUUAAUUAGGAAACGCGCCUACAAUUAUCUAAUUAGUUUACAGAUGUUAAUGUUAAAUGUAUUAAGCGACGCAGCGAUGUUGGGGGUUAUGUCACAACACAGAAUGAACUACUGUAUUUUCACGACCAUAAGGGGCACCGUAUUAAAAGGCGUAGUCUCAGUUACGGGAUCUAUUUCUGUAUUUAACACAUACAUAAGGCGCACCGUAUUAUUGGGCGCAGGCAUGGUAAAACAUACGGUACCAUGCAUGCACGCGAAAACAAUGUUUUUAAAAAGGCAGCGGGAGCAAAACUGAGUUCGGUUGUACUUUAUUGAAAUAUUUAACAAUGUACUCAUGUUAUUUUAUGAUCAGUCAUGUUCUGUAUCCGAAAUGAACAGCUGGGCAAGUUCUCAUUCAAACACGCCAGGUUCGAGUCAGUCUCGUUGCCGUGCGGCUCCUCAGAAAUGAUGCCGACUUUUACAAAAGCUCGAACAGCAGUGCAAGCAGACACGUUAGCCCAACCAUCCACAAUCCAUUCACAAAUUGUGGCGUAACUCGCCCGGUGCUGCCUCCUAGUCUUAGUAAAGCUGCGUUCGCCAUCUGUCAUCCAUUGCUCCCACGCCGCUUGCAACUUCACUUUGAACGCCGUGUUUACACCGAUGUCCAGCGGUUGGAGUUCAUGAAUCCAUUGGGCCACCUCGCCUUGUUUCCACGUUUUGUUUUUCUUUUUUUCCCCGCGGAAACUCAGCUUCGAUUCUUGACUUGGCGAAGCUCGUUUUCCUGCUUCCUCCACUUGCGAACCAUGGAUUCGUUGAUCUUGAAUUCUCUCGCGGCAGCUCGAUUCCCAUGUUCCUCCUCGUAACUGAUAGCUUGCAGUUUAAACUGCUUUGUAAGCAUGUCUCUUCGUAGGUGCAGUUUUCGACUGCGGUCGAGCCAGCCUCCACUCGUAAAGUAGCAGUCAAGCCAGCCGCCCCUAAUUUUGUUCAUACGAGGCAGUACGGUCAUAGGUCGCCAACCCGCGGCGAAAGCCACCUUCAAAAUAAAAGCUUCCCAAUAAUACGGCCGUCAGUGCUCUUCGGUUGAAGAAUGCAACCAGCAAAGUAAAUUUGAGUCUUGAGAUACAUUAAUUGAUUGCUACUUUACGAGUGGAGGCUGGCUUGACCGCAGUCAUUUUUUGGGGUCCUUAGCCAAAUCGAUGUUGUUUUGCACAAUGCACAUACCGGCGCUAUAUACCUCCUGGGGGCGUGCCUUUAGCGUCCUCUUUCUCCCGCACCCUUCCCCCUUUAAUGGCCGCAUGCUGUCCUCAGCCACGUCCGCUUUUCCUCUGUAUAAGCAGCGUUUCAGCAGGAAAUGCUCCUAGUCAGUCAAGUGGAGCGCUCAUCACACAACAACAUUUAGAGAUUUGUGCACACAUUAUAAGGCGCCCCGUCCAUUUUGGAGAAAAUUUAAGACUUAAGUGCGCCUUAUGGUCGUGAAAAUACGGUAACUUCAAAUUCAGAAAUGGCCAAAAAAACAGGUAUUUUCAACAAGGAUGCAUUGGGAUUAGCCUUUGAAGUUUCUAAUAGUGAAAAAUGACAUGGAACACAAUAAUUUUAGUCAAUUCUUUUCCAGAAUGAGCGUGCUUAAAGAGGAAGAUGCUGUUCAUGUGGCACAGCUUGAAGCAGGCAUGAGGUGGAGAUGGGCCUGGCUCAAGUUGGAGGCCAAAACACAAAAGCAAAGAAAUGAGAUGCCAAAACAGAAGAUCGGCCAGUCUCAACAGAGAAUCUACGCGAGUCUCUGAAAAAAGAGCUUGAGUUUUAUUUCUCAAGAGAGAACCUCUCAAAGGAUCUGUACCUGAUGUCCCAGAUGGACAGUGACCAGUUUGUCCCAAUUUGGACCAUUGCCAGCAUGGAUGGCAUCAAGGUUCUCACCAGUGACAUGGAGCUCAUUUUGGAUGUGUUGAGAUCAUCACCCAUGGUACAAGUGGAUGAGAAAGGGGAGAAAGUGCGCCCCAACCACAAACGGUGUAUUAUCAUCCUGCGGGAGGUCCCUGAGACCACACCUGUUGAGGAAGUGGAGUCACUGUUCAAAAACGGCAACUGUCCGAAGGUGAUAAGCGUUGAGUUUGCACACAAUAACAACUGGUACAUCACAUUCCAGUCGGACACAGAUGCUCAGCAGGCUUAUGAGUACUUGCGAGAGGAGGUAAAAACAUUUCAGGGAAAACCCAUAAUGGCCAGGAUAAAAGCCAUCAACACGUUCUUUGCAAAGAACGGCUACCGUAGCAUGGACAGCAGCCUUUACUCCCAGCAGACCCAGAGCCAUUCCCACUACAGCUCCCCUCUCUACAUGCAGCACGUCUACCCCCACCAACAGUAUCCCGUCUACGGCAUUGUGCCCCCCACCUGGACCCAUUCGCCCGCUCCCUACUUUGAAACUCCUUUGGCACCUUUUCCCAACAGUAGCUUUGUGAAUGGAUAUGGUUCUGCACACUACAAAACUGGAUCUGGUUCUCUUACGCUCACUCGGCCUUUCAACAGAAAUCGUGUCCCACUCUAUUCAAGAAAGAAUGUUAUAAAUGCCUUCAGAAACCACGUGAAGCCCCCCGUGAGGACGAACGAGAUAACUCCAACAUCCAUUGCUUCUGUCCCCCUGGAGAGUCUGAUGGGACUGCGGAGUCCACAGCCGCAUGCCCACGUUAACACAGCACAUGCUGCCUCUGACCUGAGUUCCAUGUUCUCACAUCUGUCUUCCUCGUCCUCCUCUUUGGACCCGAACGAUGACAGUUGCAUGGCUGGACGUGGACGACGGAGCACAAUUUAUAGAGGAACACGUAGAAGGCGAGAAGAUGAACGGUUUAUGAGGCCUGUACCGCUGGCUGACGUUAAGGUUUCCCCUCCCAAAUUUGACUUGGCUGCAACCAAUUUCCCUCCUCUUCCUGGCUGUGUGAGCAGUAUUCAAGGAGAACCAGUGCUUGAGAACCGAAUGUCGGAUGUUGUUCGUGGUUUGUACAAGGACAAGAUGGAAGCGGUAAAUAAAGAAAGCAGUGUUAGUACAGCUGUGGUCACAGAGGAUGCUUUGGCGUGCUCAAGUCCAACCCAGAUUGCCACAAAGUCUGUCGCACAACCACUUGCACCACUGGCCCCUAGGAGUCGGGAGAAGAGGGUCGAGCAGACGGAGCUGGUUGUUUCAAAAGCGAUUGCCAGCAUGCCGGCUGAAACCGCCGUCAUCCCCACCUCCUCCACCCAAGCUGUGCAGAGCUGGAGGCCUCCAGCGCCGCCUACCGCCUCAACCCCACUAAAGCCCAGCACACCCCCGCCUCUUCUUGCUGCUGUUCCUGCACCUGCACAGGAGCCCCGCAAACUAAGCUAUGCUGAGGUGUGCCAACGGCCUCCCAAGGACCCCCCGCCCAUGGCCCCUGUCCCGCCCCCCUGCAGUGCGGGGGCAGGCCAGCCUUUGCGCGAGUUGCGCGUGAACAAGUCGGAGGAGCCCAGUUCCAACUGCCCCACUGGAGACAAGCCGGAGCGAGGCCACGACAGAGAGGCGGCGCGGGAGUGCACAGAUAGCUGGCCCACACGUGAACGUGACUCCAAGAGCUACUACCGCAGCAACGGGCCCCGAGGCUCUACCACCGACCUCAAGUUCAGAGAGCAGAGGCGGCUGCCUAUCGCCCGACGCCACUCUCCACAGGGAAAUUACAGGCACGCUGGCAAAGAGCAGAAUAUCCCACCGGUAUUGCCAAAGUAAUGGAAAACAAAACUCUAUGAAUAGAAAAAAGAUGUAUGAAACGCUACAUGGAUAUGUCUAAUUAUAUAAAAAUGAUUAACAUAAAAGCAACAACAUUAUGGUAGCUACCUUCCCCUUGGAACUUGUCCACAUGGCGGCACAUCCAGGACUUGUGAGCUAAAUGACAGCUGAUGACAAGUGAUUUGGAAAGGCUUUUCUGGCGUUGUGCUCAAAAGAAUUGACUUUCCAUGGAGGUCGUCUAUUUUGUGCUUGUCUUGGGAGAGGUAGGAUGCUGGUGCCCUGUAAGUGGCCCUCUACCACCUUUUAAUUUCAAAAACAAUAAGCACUAAAGAAGAGAACAUGCAUAUGUCAUGUACAUAUACAAAGAUAUCACUAACACACAAUGAGCUGUGCUUUAGUUUGCAAAUAUGACUGAAGGGGUUGACUGUUUCUGCAUUGUUAUAGCAAAAUGAUGUUUAAUGAGACAGAGUCCUUAUACUGGUAGCUGUGGGCAAUGACAUGGUUGUCUGAUCCCAAUUCAUGUUUGGUUUAAAAGUUGUGGCAGUCAAAAAUCAAGGCUUUUUUUUUUUAAUGUAUUUAUUUUUAUUUUUUUGCGAGCUCUGCUCCACAAUUUUCAUGUUGCUUUCGAUCUCAAACCUUUCAAACGUUUUGGAUUCAGAACAUUGAUCAGGAUCUCUGUUUACAUGUUUGUGUAGUGUAUCAGGGACGAUACAAAACUGUAAACGCUCACAGGAUGUUUGAACUGCACUUAAGUGGUGGCCUGGCAGUGAAAUGUGCAGCGUGCAGUUAGCUGAGGGCUCAGCUAUGUUUGGAUGUAAAAUAAUUGUCAUUAUCAGCUACCUGAGAUCGCGGCACGCUAGUAUACAGUCCGCCGAAUGUCGUUGUUUUGGCCCAGCAAACGUGGAUUUGUGAAAAGACCAUAGAAGUAUAGAUGGCUGCGCGAUUAGUUCUUAAAACCCCUUAACUAGAUGUGUGUGGGAGAUUUCAAUUAGUAGUAUGGAGGCUUCUGACAGAAGGGGUCCACCUGAUUGUGCUUUUUAGGGUGAGUUUGCUUCUUUUUUUUUUUUAUUUUGGAAAAAGAACUGGUUAACAUUAGAAUGUUGAAAUUUGAGCUCACUGUACGUAUUGCUUUUUAAAUAUUUAUUAUAAUUUUGUUGCGCAAGGCUUUUUCUCCGAAUCUUGGUAGGCUGGUUUCCCCAAAGUUGUGUGAAAUCGCAGUGACAAAACCAAAUGGAAUCAUGCUGUGUGAUGAACCGUUCCAUGCCAGCGAGAGAGAGAUGAUGAUGCUUUGGGUGUAGAGGUGCAGUAAAUGAGGAAGCAAUCACUGGAUCUGCCAUUUGGUUUUCACCAAUGAGUUGAAUCAACAAAAAAUGCACUAAUGCUCGUGGAAAAUGUGAAAUGAUUUUUGCAAACAUUUGCUUGACAGGCAGAGAUAUGACCACCACCACCGUCCUUUUCAUGUUUGGCUCAAUUUGUUGAUUUUGUUUUUGGUUUGGGAUUGUAAAAGGAAAUAUAAACAAGUGUUUGAGACACAAUCCAAGAACUAAUAAUUGUCACCAAAUAAAUUAUUUUGAUUUGG